AUGCUUUUGCCACGUUUAGAUGAUGCGGAGGCCGCCAAGAAGAAGGACAAAGAUGCCAAGCCGGAGGACGACGGAAAGCCCAAGCCAGUGGCUUUCGGCUGCGAGGACUGCAACUGGUACGUCUGCGCGGACUGUCACGGCAAGAAGGGGGAGAAGCAAUGGCAGUGCAUGCUCCAGGUGGACAUACGGGAGGGAAUGGAGGUCCACCGCGAUUGGUUUAAUGUUGAUCACCUCCGGCUUUUUGCCGAAGCCGAAGAUGACAUGGACCUGGAAGAUGAGGAGGAGAAGGAGGACGUCAAUCUGGCGAAGAAGUUCUACCCAGACCUCAUCGAGGGCCAGCACAUCAAGGCCUCGCUCAGCUCCGCCGGGCGUUGGGGCUUCACCCAGCGCUUCAUGUACGAUGCCGUGGUGUCCCGCGUGCAGGAUGACGGUAACUACGACAUCAAGUUCCAUGACCAGCUGCUUGGAGAGAAGAACGGCAUGCCCAUUGAGGAGUUGGAGAGCCUGCUCACCUUCGAAGCCUCCGGAUUGGGCCUGGAUCCUUCGAGGAACCUCUUCGACUUCCGGUUCAACAGCCUUCCCCGCGGUGUGCUCGCCAACGGCAACGGGGUGGAGCUGAAGCCAGCCGGAGACUCGGGAGGUUCCAUCCUCCUCAUCAAGCCGACCUCGUACCUGGCCAUGCCGCUCGAAGGCCUGGCUCCUGGUGGAGCGGGUUCCGGCGAGGACCAUGUGAAGUACACGUUGACCCUCGAGCUGAAGCUGCCCGUGCAGAGGUCGCAGCAUCCCGUCGCACUGUUCCAGGCUUCUUGGCCCGAGGUCUCCGGCGCACCGCAGCUUUGUGCUGUGGCGGACGAAUACGUGCCAGUUCACCCGGCUGAGCGAGAUUACUUGGAGGAGCCUCCUGCACCGGGCACGACGUGGAACUGGCACUUGCAGGUGGGCAAUGUGAUCCUCAACAAGUCGGUGCUUCGCCCUGGCAGGUGGCAUGACGUCACUAUGGUGGUGAACUGCAAGGAGGGCCGUGCCUUCAUCUACGUCGACGGCAAGAUCGUUCGCGGGGACGGCGGCGAGCACGCUGUUGUCAUCGGCGAGGGAGCAGGCCUUACUUCGCCCGAGCCCAUCGCUAGCAGAGCACACCAUCAGUUAUGCUUCGUGGCCAGUAACCCACUUUCCCGUCUUGAACACAGUACGGUAUCUGUACAAGUGCUUUGUUUUACACAGCAGAGCAAAGUAUACAGCCUCAAAGUCAAAGGCACGCAAAAUCGAUCGAGAAUCGCAUUGUCGUGCAAGCACAAAGAGUCAACAAGACAUGACCACAGGAAAGCCAGGCUUCUAAUGUGUAACAGGGCAUGUAGGACUGCGAAUGGGAACAUUGCAACGUGCGAUACAGCAGAUCGUGUCGGUGUUGGCGGUGCACCAGGAGCAUUUGUCAUUGUUGCUUACUCCCCAGCGAAAACCGGGGGCCCAAAUGUGUACUGUCGAACCCUAACCCCAACUACUUGUACCACAGCAUGCAACCUAAACAAUGCUCCGUCAAACCGGAACCCUCGACUCUAA